UCUGAUCACAUUCAAAGAUAUGUACCGUAAAUAUUAUGGAUACAAGGAAUGGUAACUUCUGAUUCACCGAAAAUGAAUCCAAUCGAUGUUUAAAUCGGGAUCCGAUUGAACCUUGGUCCGAAUUACUAAUUGCUGUUUCGAUUUAACGGAUGUGACUCAUACACAAAAUAAACAAAAAUGGAUUUAAUUGUCGCUUUUGCUUUUCAUUGUGCUUUUUUAGCAUUAACGCUUGCGGACUGCCCUCCUCCUCCAGCGGUCCAGAAUGCAGCCUUCACUCCAGUCCAGUCAUCAUACGCUGAUGGCGCAAACGUUACAUUCACCUGUAACACUGGUUAUGGACUUCAAGGUAGUCGGAUACAUUAUUGUAGGGGAAGCAGUUGGGAAGGAUCCCUCAUAUGCUCUGAACAGUUUUGUGAGACAAUGAAUAAUCCUAGAAAUGGUAUAAUUGUCGGAAACCCAUCCUACAAAAUUGGCACUUACAUCACAUUUCAAUGUAAUACAGGCUACACAUUGAAAGGAAAUAGCCAGUUGCUGUGUCGUGUUGAUUUGAAGUUUCAUAGGAACCCACCAACAUGCGAUGUCAAUAUGUGUCCAGAUUUUGGGGUUAUAGAUCAUGCACGCAUUUUUCAAGCCACAGAUGGAGGAAUAGAAAAUGAUUAUGGAAGUGUAGUUAAAGUAACCUGUGAAGACUCAUAUGUCCUGGAUGGUCAUGCGUCCGUGGUUUGCCAGGGAGACGGAACUUGGGGCCCAAAACCGACCUGCAAACCAUUAGAUUGUGGUAGGUUCGAUGGGAUGAAUUCAAGCUGCGUGAAAAACUUUGUACUGCUUGAUACUUUGUAUUACAUGGAAUGUAAGACUGAUGUCCCAAAUACAAGAAUUGGAGCGGACAGCACCAGUGCACCUAAUGAAUGUGAGGAAAGGUCUCGGAAAUGGAUGUAUUCACUGUUUGGAUGCUUUUGCAAUUGUGAAGUUAUCUACAAUAAUACCAUUGUGAUAACAUACAACCUUAAUCCAAAUGACUCUCUGCCACACAACACUGAUUUGCAGUGGAGUUGUAAGCCGGGUUGCAGGACAAACCAAACUUAUGCUCUGAGAUGCAUGGACGGACAGAUGGAAAUGCCAUCUUGCACCUGCGAUUUUUACGCACAUAAACAUGAAGCAAGCUUUAUUGGCAUAAUUGCUGCAAUAAUUGGAGCUGUAGUUUUGGCAUUGUCAGUUGCAGUUGCCUUAGUGAUGUACAAGAAGAAGGAAGGGUGUUGUAAGUGUUGUAAGUCUGGUACAAAUGUGGAAGCCUCACAUCCCAUGACUAAACCAACUCAUGAUGAAGGUGGCAAUUCUUCUAACGGGAACACUUCUAAACCAAGUGAUAAAAGCCAUAUUAAUCUUACUAAAGAGGAGGAACAGUUAUUGUCUGAAAACAAAAAAUGA